AGCUGCCCAUGGCUUUUAACCAACAACCAAUAUCUACAGAUUAGCAGUUCCCUUUCACCGUUUCAGGAAGUGAUCCCGAAUCAAUUCAGGAUGCCUUCCAAGAUGGCCCUAGCACGCUAUCUACUGGGUUACGUUGAAGGGUUCAGUGACCACCACCCCUUCAUCCACGUUCCCACACUAAAUUUAACAUCCUUUGUUGAUACUCCAGAGCUCAUUUUGGCACUUCUAGCUAUCGGCGCUCAAUAUCGCUACGAAUCAAGAACUGCUAGGUCAUUAUACCGAGCAAGCCGAUCCAUCGUUAUAGAACGUCUUCGCAAUGUGGAAGGUCUUGCCGACACUGCUUCCGUCCAUCUCCACCAGGGCAACUUACAUCCUUCACCAGCCCAUGCAGAACAUCACUUAGACCAAACUCAAGCUCUACUCUUAUUAGCUAUCUACUGCUUCUGGCACAGUAGCUCUGACAUGCUGCAAGAAUGGCACCAAUAUCUCAGCCUUAUUGCGGCCUCCCUCCGCCGACUCGGUCUAUCUGAAGGGAAACACAACGACAAGAUCAGUUGGGCUCAAUGGAUUAAACAGGAAACGAAGCGCCGUACACAAUUCUUUGGUUGGUAUUUGCUGAACUUUCAAGCCAUCAUCUAUGAUAAUCCACCCUUACUUCUUACGCGCGAAUUGAACCUUCAGCUGCCGUCAUCAUGCCAGGAAUGGGUCGCUCGAACGGAAACCGAAUGGGAAAGAACCAGGAGUCAUACGCUGUCCCGUGUUAUGCUGAAGGAGGCACACGCGGUCCAUCUUGCAGAGUCCAGUGAUGUAUCUGCAAAUGUGGAGUCAUCCCCGAUGGGGAAUUAUAUACUUAUACACGCAGUGAUUCAACGUAUCUACAUGAUGCAUCAAGUCUCUCUGGACCCUCAGAUACAAAGGCUCUCCGCGCGAGACGUUCAAGAACUAGAGACCGCGCUGAACCGCUGGCGACACACGUGGUGCCACUCCCCAGAAUCCAAGCUGGACCUGCAUGAUCCAUACGGUUCGCUAUCCUUCUCAGCGACCGCAUUACUGGGCGUAGCGCAUGUCCGGCUGCAUUACAAUCUUGGACAGUGGCGGGACUUGCAGAGUGGGGAUCCGGCGACCGUUGCCGCAACUUUACAUGAAGCGCCAUUGCCCCAACGCGGCUCUCAUCUCGUACACGCUCUGUUGCAUUCUGUCCAUGCACUUAAUAUUCCUGUGCAGGUCGGAAUAUCAUACCUCUCACGAUGCAAAUCAUUUGGAUGGAGUGUAGAUCAUGCGGUGUGCGACCUGGAAUGCGCCAUCUUUUUGAGUAAGUGGCUGCAGAUGGUGGCCCAUUCCCACGUCGAGCAGCCGCUCUCUGCACUCGAGACGCGCCUCAUUCGAUGGAUAAUACGCGUGGUGCGAGAAGCGCUCGUAUCGCAGGACGAGACGAUCCGUCUCAGUCAUGACAUAGAUGGGUAUCGGCCAGAGACUUUGAAGCGUACAGCGACUUUCCUCAGUUUUGCAGUGGUAAAAGUCUGGGCGCAGAUGUUCAAAGUUUGUAAUAGCCCAUGGCCGAUGGUACUGCUCAUUGGGAAAAGUCUGGAUCGGUAUGCAUCAUUGAUG